UCCAUCUUCCAUAGCUAUAUAUCCCGAAACCGAGACUAACUCAUCCAUUUCCAAUCUUCGCUUUAUGAACCCACAUUUUCUAUCUUCCCAAUCGAAAAGUAGGACUGCCCAUUUCGUUUUGAUCUUCUUUUCCAAAAACCCAGCAAUCCCUUUUAUUUGAAACGCAGAGAAAGCGAGGGAAUUUAGGUUAAUGGGGGCUUACAGGGCAGACGAUGACUAUGACUACCUGUUCAAGGUGGUGUUAAUAGGUGACUCUGGGGUUGGAAAAUCCAAUCUGUUGUCAAGAUUCACGAAAAAUGAAUUCAGUCUGGAAUCUAAAUCUACCAUCGGUGUUGAAUUCGCCACUCGUAGCAUCCAUGUCGAUGACAAGGUUGUCAAGGCCCAGAUUUGGGACACUGCCGGCCAGGAAAGAUAUCGUGCGAUCACUAGUGCAUACUACAGAGGAGCUGUUGGUGCCUUGCUUGUCUAUGAUGUCACUCGACAUGUCACCUUUGAGAAUGUGGAGAGAUGGUUGAAGGAGCUUCGAGAUCACACUGAUUCCAACAUUGUUAUUAUGCUUGUAGGAAACAAGGCUGAUUUGAGGCACUUGCGUGCAGUUACAACUGACGAUGCUAAGGCAUUUGCUGAGAAAGAAAACACUUUCUUUAUGGAAACCUCUGCCCUAGAGUCCUUGAAUGUUGACAAUGCCUUCACUGAAGUACUAACUCAGAUCUAUCGUGUUGUCAGCCGAAAGGCUCUUGACAUUGGGGAUGACCCAACAUCCUUGCCGAAGGGACAGACUAUUAAUGUUGGCAAAGAUGACGUAUCAGCUAUGAAAAAAGAUGGUUGCUGCUCUGCAUAGUCAGAAUAAAAACAAGUCUUGAUCUUAGUAGUUUCUUCUUUUAAAGAUCUGCAUUUCAGUGGUUUGAACUUUGAAGAUGUCUUUUUUCUCUACAAAAUGCAAAAGAAGCCACCUGGAAUGCUCACAUAUGGCAUUUGUAGUUUGAUGGCGUGCUUAGAGAUUAGCAAAGUUUAAGUUGAGAGACAACUUAAGGGUUCAGAUCGAAGAGACUAUCACAUGUGGCUGGCAUUUCUGUUACCUAUUAUUCUUUUGUAGUUUUGCUUCCGUGGGUGGUGUUGUAUCCAUAGACAGAUCCAACCCUCUAGGUUAGGUUAUCUUUUAUUGCUUAUAUUUGGAAAAUAUGUUGAGAUAAUGGUGUUUUUACUGGAUUUAUUUAUUAAUCGAUUAUCUUGUCCUGAUUUAAA